AUUUGCGUAUAGAGGGUGAGAUAUCAAGAAAAACGGCAAAUUACGCCUUAAUUCAGAUAGUGCUAAAACUGACUGCAUUUAUGCGAGGUAAGAAAUAUGUCUCUUACUUAUUUUUUCCCAUCAAAAAUGUCAUAUCUGUCAUAUAUACAUGCAUUCUAGAUAUCGCUAAUUAAAUGAGCUAGUUGCCUGUUAUAGUGUGACUCGACUCGGAAAUUUGUUGUUGACAAUAUGACACAACCACCCCUCCCAUCAUCGUUAAUUUAUGCAUAGCCAUUUCCCGGAAUCACCUUUCAUACCAUUUCUAGUCUGAACAAGAAGGACACUUUGAAACGAUGGAGUUUUGCCCUUCGUCAGGUCGGAUUCUUGCAACUUCAGCUACUCCAGACCCUUCGGUCACUAAAGCAUUUAAAGUUUACAACUUUAUUGUGUCAAGAGGAGGCGAAAUUGGACUUUCAGAGCUUCUAAAACAUCCCUCGCCAUUGAAGGAUUUUUCCGAGGGUCAAGCAGCCGAAUGGCUUAAAGGAUUCUCUGAGCCUGUUCAAGGCGACCAGYCUCUGGAGAAACCAUGCUUUACUUYAAUAGUUGGUARAUUUUGGAGYGUCCGAGUGUCCUUGAGGGUAAAGUUGUGCUCAAAUUAUGAAAAGAAAGGAGCUUGUACUCAUGGAAAUGGCUGUCUCCAGUGGCAUGUUUGCCGUGGAUAUCUCGACACUACGUGCAAAAAUAAGGCCUGUCCUUUGUCACACGACCUUCUCGAUGAGCAAAACAUACAAAAAGCUAAAAAAUACAUGCUUGAGAAGCAUCCAAGCAAUUCUAUUCGCAAAGUUCUGGCGAAAAAUCUUCCCUUUGUAUGUGAAAAAUACAUAGAUUCUCAGUGCAAAGCAAAAGUUUGCCACGACUUGCAUCUUUGUCCUUUAUUUGCUAGAGGAAUCUGCAYAAAUACURACCAGGACUGCCCUUUCUCGCACAAUGCCGACUUUGGAAACAAUAAGGCAAUAUUUAAGUACUAUGGGAUUCCUACAAAGUAUGUGUUAGCUCAUAUUUUGAUUCCAAAGUUGAUAACUGUUCCUGACAAGACGAAAGUCGAACAGCCGGUGGCAGCGGAGAAUAACACAAGACCAAACCGCAAAGGAAARGUGAACAAUCUWAAUAAUUUAAACACUGAGUCCGGACCUUUGYCUUUGGCUAACCAAAAUGUGCCAAUGAACAUUGAAGAAUCAAAAAAAGUGGGAARCCAMAAGAAYGUGAACAGAGAAAAGAAAGGCAAUGUUUCAGCCCAGAAAAACCCUUUGAAGCCAUUGAUGGCUCAACCAAUUCAAUCUCCACUAGGGUACCCACAGGUCCCUUUUGCAUUAUUGCCUAACCCCCCAUCCUCCAGUGCAAAUGUUCUUCAGUUGGGUGGCAAUCCAAUUAUAGUUCCAAAAUCAAAAGGUGCUGUACAUGUACAACAACAUAAGSAAUAUUUUGGGAGUAGAGAUAGUCUUUCCAGUACUGAYGAUGAUCAGKCAAGUAAUAAAGAUGGUGCCUAUUUAACAUCUGGUGCUAAACCAAAACGAAAGCAAAGAAAACCACAGCCUMGUCAAGAGGACCCCAUUCCAACAGACUUGGCAUCUMUUKCUUCAGAUCAGGAUCAAUCAAAGGGGGGUCGCAAUAGACGGAGUCGUAACAGGAACAAAAGACAAGGRUCACAAGAUGMCAACAAAGAGACCAGCCAAGAAAAURAAGAUUCCAGUGUUGUUGAUUUGAUUGAGUUUGAUAAUGAUGAUCUGGAAGGAGGAAAGCUUAUUGAUCUUGAUUUUGACUAUUCCGACCCAGGCCUCAGUCAGAUGUCUGAGGGCCAAGCCCAAGCGACAUGGGAUUUGUUCUGYAAAGAUAACUGGCUCUGUGAAGAACCUGCUGAGGAAAACCCGUCUCUUGAAUCACUAUCACUUGAUGAAGCAGCAACAUCAAAAGAAAAGAUAAAGAAUGCGUCUUUAAAAGGAAUCUUCAAUUACACUGUAAAGCAUGGUGGAUCCGUUAAGUUUUCUGAAAUUUGCAGUAAUUCUGAUCUUUGGGAUCCCUGUUUCACUGAGCAUGAAAAGUGGUUCAGGGACAGAAAUCAAAGUUUUUUACUAUCAAGUGAUGCAACUGGAAAUAUUGAUGACGUAAAGGCUAUUUCAUGGAAGGCCAAAAUGUGUUUGAAGUACAACGCAAGGGGAGCAGGCUGCACUCAAGAAAAUUGCCCAUAUUUUCAUAUAUGCAAGGACUAUGUUACCAAAGGAAGAUGCUCGAACUUUCGUGGAUCGUGUAAAAAGAACCAUGGAUUUAAAGAUGGUCAUAACAAGGCCAUUGCCUCCAAGCUGUUUCCUGAUAAUGAUUUCACCAGUAAACAGCUUAGACAAUUACUUAUCUCAUCCACACCUCAAAUCUGCAUGGACUACAACAACCUCAAAUGCAASCAAGGAAAUAGGUGCCUUAAAGUCCAUGUUUGCGAGAACAUAGGGCACAAGAAGUGUACAAAAAGCCCAUGCAAACUGGCCCACGAAAAUGGGCUGAAAAGCCCAAGGACWAGAGCUUUGUUAGCCAAAUUGGGGAUCCGUUUUCAUCCCAAGAUCAACUUGUUUAUGCUCGCUAGAACACUGCUUGUUGUUCAUGAUGCUGGAGCUCAUCCUGUUGGAAAAUCUGGUGAAAGUAAUCAAAAGGAAGCAGAAAAACCAGUAACAAGCGUCAAUAAAUCUGAUCUGCCACAAUACAACAUCAAAACCCCAGAUAUUGGCCAUCCGAUAUGCCUUGCGUUUCUUAUUGGUAAAUGCAGCAAGGGAASCAAGUGUUGUGAUCAUCAUUGUCCUUUGCCAUACCAAUGGGUCUACUUGUCUGGUCAACAGUGGAGGAUGUUAGACAAGAAGGAAAAUGAAGAUUUAGAAAAGCUGUUCUGUGAAGACAACAUCAAUGAUGAAUGUGUUGUUAUAUCUUUGAAACUGGAUUUGUCAACACAGCCAGAAUUCUCCCACAUGAAUGAUGUUUCAUACAUCUACAAUGUUGACCUGAAGACAAUGAAUAUUGAGUCUCUAGAUAAUGAAGGUCUUCGAGUGCCAGUAAAGAGACUGUCUACGGAUUCAGAYGUCGUUGUCCCUGRUUGUCCAUUAGCUACAACAUGGCAUUGGUACUGGAAAAAUGAACACCACAUAUAYGUUGAAUAUGAACCUUCGCAGGGUUGCAAGGAACCGACAUCAACAUCCAUUGAGAGGUUCUACCAGGAAGGAAUGAGUAGGUAUGACUUCAUGUUUGGUCGCCAUGAAUACCGCCUUUACUUCAACGACAUGAUUCAGAAGAACAUGGGUGAAAUGUUCCUCACCAAGCGGACAGUAAUGAGAAGGCCAGCAUUUCUUAGUCCUGACAAAGUAAAGAAACUGAAAAGGACUUGCACACUACCAAAUACAGCUUCCAGUACCCAAGUCCCAAGUCAGUGGAAAACGAUGACAGAUGACCAACCAUUUCUUCUCAAGAGGCUGAACGCUAACUCGAAGGAAUUCAAGAAUACAAAGUCACUGUUCGUUAAUUCUAUGGGUGACUAUAGAUUCACUGUUAAUUCGAUCGACAGGGUUCAAAAUCCCUUUAUGUGGGAGAAGUAUAGAAGGAAAAAAGAACAAAUGGAGAAACAUUCCGACAACAAGCAAGUAGACGAAAGGCAAUUAUUCCACGGCACAUCGUACAAGAACAUAAGGUCGAUCUGUAAGGAGAACUUUGAUUGGCGCUUGUAUGGCGAGGUGACUGGGAACAAGUAUGGCGAGGGUGCGUACUUUGCACGUGAUGCAUCGUUUAGCCAUUGCUAUUGCCAUGACGACGAAGACGGCAUUCGCUUCGUGUUUGUCGCUAAGGUUCUUGUUGGCUCGUUUACAAAGGGUGAGAAAAACUACCGACGCCCACCCCCAAAGAAUCCAGAUGACCCUCACAGCGAGCACUAUAAUUCAUGUGUAGAYAACGUSAACAAUCCUCAGGUUUUUGUUGGCUUUGAUGUCGAUCAAUACUACCCGGAGUAUGUCAUAGAAUAUAGAUGCGAACCGACCCUCCAAGCUUCGUCACUUCCAAGAUAUUCAGUCAGAUCGUCGUCUUACUCAACGCCCAAUGUACAACCAGUUCCCAUGCCAACAUCUACGUCAUCAAAUUUUGCCUCGUACUCUCCAAAUCCGUCACCCACUGUUAGAGGACCUUCCUUUUCAGUGCAUAUGUCACCAAGUCAAGGGGUUUCCAUGACAGCAACUACGUCACCUAGGCCGACGUCAUACCCUUCUCGCGAUCCAGCUUCCUUAUUAACAGAUCAACGAAUCAAGCAAGAAAUUGGAAAGUUUGAACAAUCGGCGAAGAAGAACGACUGUUCAGUUAUGUAAAUAAUUAGUCAAAAAAGAGGAAAGAUAGUUUUCAACAAAAGUUGCGAAAAAGAAAGAAAAAACUACGAAAUUGGCAAAUAAGCGAAAUUUGAAAAUUCGACAAAUGUGUGCGAUUUUAGUAAGCGAAAAGAGGAGAAAAAUUUGAAAAAAGAAAAAACUGAUAGAAAACAGCGAAAUGACGAACUAGCAACGUGUUGAUGGUGAUUAGCAAAAUGCCGAUAUAUGCGCCAUCAAAACAAACGAAURAAAAACAAGUGAACAAAUAAGAAAACUGCGAAAAUGGCAGAUCAACCAAGUGUCGACAUUGUCAUUUAUUAAAUUGCUGAUUCGUCAGAUACCGUUGUUUAAAAAAAUGUUAAAAAAACCUGAUAGAUUUUAACCUGCCCGAGAUAAACAGACAUCUAUGCGGGCUAAAAAACACUACCUCAAAAAACAAAUCAAUGAAGAAUACGAUCGACCUAAUAUAAGUGUUGCAUUCGGAAUUCAAGAAAAUUAAGGAAGCAACGCUAGAUAGGCUGCCUUCAAAAUUACCUAUUUUUUUCUCUUUCUUAUUUUCGGUUAUAUAAAGCAAAAACGAGGUGGUAACAGAAAAUACUGACAAAGAAAAGAAACUUUGGAAAACCAACUCAUGUUUGAUUUAAAAAACAAAGAAAAAAAUAGUCUUUUCCUCAGGCCCCUAUCCCUUCGUUUUGGCUCAGGAGAAUGGAUUUUAUUCGAGGUUGAAGGGGAAAAAAUGGACAAAAAAAACAGUUGAAAAAGUUGUUUAAGUAAAGACAACAUUAUCCAACAAACUUUCAAAAUAUCGGAAAGUUGUGACGACCACCUUCCUUUUUCAUCUACCAGACCCUCGCGAAAAA